AUGGCGCCUACACCCAAAGAAUGCGAUUAUCUAGUUAUCGGCGGUGGUAGUGGAGGCUUAGCAUCAGCCCGGAGAGCUAGCGGGUACUAUGGAGCAAAAACAAUCGCCGUAGAAAGUAAACGGCUAGGAGGAACCUGCGUCAAUGUUGGUUGUGUGCCCAAGAAAGUCACUUUCAACGCCGCUGCCAUCGCAGAAACGCUACAUGAAGCCAAGGCAUACGGUUUUUCGGUGGAGCAAACAGCGCCUUUCAACUGGACAUAUUUCAAAAACAAGAGAGACGCGUACGUCAAACGGCUGAACGGGAUUUACGAGAAGAAUCUAGCCAACGAUAAGGUUGAAUAUAUCCAUGGCCGAGCACAUCUCACGGGCAAUAAUGAGGCAGAGGUUGUGUUGGAUGACGGAUCGACGCAAACCAUUCGGGCGAAGAAAAUCCUACUUGCUACUGGAGGGUAUCCCAUCAUCCCCAAGACUGUUCCUGGGGCAGAAUAUGGAAUAAAUAGCGAUGGCUUCUUCGAUCUCGAGACUCAACCAAAGAAGGUCGCAAUAGUUGGUGCGGGGUAUAUUGCUGUCGAAUUCGCAGGGAUGCUCAAUGCUCUUGGCUCAGAAACCCACCUGUUUAUCCGACACGAUAAAUUCUUGAGGGCUUUCGACCCAAUGGUCCAGGAUGCGGUUACUAAUGAAUAUGAGAGGUUGGGCGUGCACUUGCACAAGCAGUCUAUUUUAAACAAAGUUGAAAAGGACGAGAAAACUGGCAAGCUCACGCUGCAUUGGGACGCGGUAAAUGGUAAAGAGAAAAUCGAAGAAGUCGAUACUCUGAUCUGGGCAAUUGGCCGUGCCCCAGAAGUGGAAGGGCUUGGACUGGAAAAGGCUGGUGUCAAGCAGCAAGAGAACGGGCAGAUCAUCGCCGAUGAGUAUCAAAACACCAAUGUCGAGAAUCUUUAUUCCCUUGGCGACGUCGUUGGCAAAGUUGAGCUUACACCAGUGGCUAUUGCUGCUGGGCGUAAGCUCAGCGAUCGCCUCUUUGGCCCGGAGAAAUUCAGUUCCUCAAAACUCGAUUACAACCUUGUUCCGUCCGUCGUGUUCGCCCAUCCAGAAGUUGGUAGCAUUGGCCUGACCGAACCUGAAGCCAUUCAAAAAUACGGAAAGGAGAAUCUCAAAAUCUACCAGACUAGUUUCACUGCCAUGUACUACGCCAUGAUGGAACCCGAAGAUAAGGGACCCACGAAGUACAAGCUUAUUUGCGAGGGGCCCAACGAGAAGGUCGUUGGUUUACAUAUCUUAGGUCUAGGAAGUGGGGAAAUGCUCCAAGGAUUUGGAGUUGCAAUUAAGAUGGGCGCUACGAAGAGUGAUUUCGAUAGCUGCGUAGCCAUCCACCCUACGAGUGCGGAGGAGCUGGUUACAUUGAGGUGA